AGGUAUGCUGUUUUAAUGUCAAGCUCAUCGAACACAAUUACAACCACAACACAAUCAGAGAAACUUAGAGGACGCACUGUUUCCAUGUUUAUGGAGGAACCUCGCUCUUCAUUCAAUUGAAGCAGGACAUCAAGUGCCUGAUGAACCAUGGGGCCGAGGCUCUCUCAUGGCAGUUGGCUGUGGGUGUUCAUGUCCCUACUGGGUGCUGCAGACUGCACUUACCACUGCCUCAGCAGCAGCAGUGACACACAACCUUUCCUCUCCUUGACCCAAACUCAGACUUGGCGGGUGGAAAGCGAUGGUGGUCGCCUGAAGCCCUUGUAUAACUUUGCCAAGCUUUUCCUUGACUCAGUACAGCCAAAUCCUUUCCCGGAAGAUAUCAUCUCUACAGCUUUAAAGACUGAACAACUAGAUAUUCCACAGCUGGUUCGGUAUGAGGCUGGAUACAUAGUGUGUUUGCUCUUGGCUGUACUUUACCUGCUUGUGAUGCCAGUUGCCGGUGGAGUUCUUGCUUGGAGGUCUUUCCAUAGCAGGAAGGUAGAGGUGAACAACACUCAGUCAUCAUCAUUAGCAUCCCUCUACCAUCAGGACAUCGGUGUGGCAGCUUGUUUAGUUCUUGUCACCAUUUUACUCCUGACAGGGGUGAUCUUGGCUUUCACCGUGAACAGUCGAGUCAGUGAGAACAUGCACCCAGGCCUGUAUCAUGUAGAGACCAGCGCCAGGAUCAUUGAAGACUCUCUAACUUCAAUUACACAGAAAAUUAAGGUCAUUAUGGAACAGUACUCCAUUCCCAAAGCAGAAAUCUCAAAGGAAAUGAAUGAUGCUGACGACAUCAUUGGUGCAACAAUCAUCUCCUCUUUCAACACUGAUGUCGACGAAUAUCUCAUAGACUUAUCUGUCUCCAUCGAAGAUGCUAUUGGAACCUUUGAGAACCUGCAGCUGUAUCAGAUGACCAGGACAAACCUGCAGGCCAAUCACACAACCCUGCAGAACGGCAUCCAGGGACUACAGAGCCGAGUGGAGAGUCUGGGGAAAUGCCCCACCUGUGACGUCCCCAACCCUAGCAACCUGACUACUGUUGCUAAUUACUACCUGAUCCCCAGUGUGGAUGACAAGUUGAAUGAUAUGCCUCCUGCAUCCAGCCUCGCAGGCCUCAUUGAACAGGGGAACCUAACCUUCCAUGCCAUUCCACAAAAGUGCUCAGAGCAAGUGGCUCCCACAAUAGCAGCUCUCAUGUCAGUGCUGAAUGAAUCCCAAGAAGAGUUGCUGAACACCAGCCAUAGGUUCCCCUCGCUGGAGUCUCUCAUUGAGGCUGUGUCUGACUGUAAAACCACUGUGAGACGCUUUGCAGACCCAGUAGAUUACUACGACUUUGUCAGGUGGGCAGUGUCAUUGACACUCUGCAUGGUGAUGCUGGUCAUAGUGGUUCUGAUGGUGGUUGCUCUCUCUCUGGGACUGCCUGUGUUCUUCUACCCUACGAUUUACUCCACAUACCAAGAUGCUCGACUGGAACACACAGCAAUUGGCCUGUAUAGAGCAGCUGUAGUAGCGAGCUUCGUGUUUUCCUGGCUUUUCAUCCUCUUGGUCUUUAUUGUGUUGUUUUUCGGAGGGAAUGCCCACACCCUGGGCUGCCGGAGCUGGACCCAUGGACAGCUCUUUGGGUUCUUAGACCAGCAGAAUAAUAUUUUCAGCAGCCUAAACAACAUCAGUCAAAGCUUCAACACCAGUCAAAGCCCCAACACCAGUCAAAGCCCCAAUAUCAGUCAAGAGACCAACUCUGAGACCCAACAGAUUCAGCCCAGCACCUCAGCAAUAUACCAUGGCUGUAAGAGUGGACAGUCAUUGUUCCACAGCAUGCACAUGGAGCAGCACUUUGAUCUGGAGGACUUCCUCAAUGCCAGCAAGUACUUGGAUGGAUUCAAUGAGACUGCUCAGAAUAUGUCAGUCAACCUGGAUGGCUUGAAACUGCUACCUGACAAUGGCAGACAGGGCCUACUGAGCUUUAAACAGUGUGGGAUAGACAGCAUCAACUACCAUGAGCAAUUACUACUGCUAAGCACACCAGUUGUGAAGACAGACCUUGGAGUAUUUGCCAAUGAACUGGAUAAGAAGGCAGAAGUUCCUGCAAAUGGUGAAAUUAAGGAAGAAUUGAAAAAAGAGGCAGAAACAACCAGAUAUCUGAACACCAUCGUUAAGCUACAGCAGACAAAUGCAGCAAAGAUGAGCCAAAUUGUGAGUGCCUUGAAGACUAUCAGCACAGUCUACAAGGCUAAUGUAGACAAAACUCUGGAAAGUUUGACACAGACAGAACUGGCACUCCACAACCAGCUUCCUUACAUUGUGGGAAAUGUGUCUCAGUGUAUCAUGGAGAAAGGAGAACAAUCCCUGCUUCGGUACCUAGAUUGGGUCCGUCAUGCGAUCUUAUAUAAGGUCCUGGAUUGCCAUUGGCUUGCUGUGUCACUGGACAAUGUGUAUACAGCAGUCUGUCUCAAUGUGGUUGAUCCAUUGAAUGCAUUCUGGCUGUGUCUGGGAUGGUGUUGUGCAUUCCUGGUCCCUGGAGUGAUCUUCAGCAUCUAUACAGCCAGGCGAUUGAAGCCAGAGCCCACCUUCAUUAGUAAGGAUACAUUCAUCUUGCCUGAGAAGAAGACAGAGAAUAUGAAAUGCCAUACAGAGAAAGCUGCAUCCAACAACUACAUGAGCUUAGAAGAAGUCCAUGAGAUGAGCAUGGUUUCUGAAUACAUCAAAAGCAAAACAUGUGAAGACUAAGACACUUGAAUUUAAAUGCAAAAAAAGAUGAUACUAUGUUGAAAGCAAAAUGGUGGGGUUACCCCAUAUGGAAUCUAAUCUUGUCGAUUAUAGAAAUAAUUUGUGUAACAACUCCUGACAUCCUGACAACGUUAGUUGUGGUAUAUAUCGCUAUGUGGUCUCGGGUAUCUAUUCUUAUUUCAACUGGGCAAGCCAGCCUCUAUAAUUCAUCUGAAGCACAUGCCUAUUUAAUCAAAAGCGAAGGCCUAUAUAAUCUGAUAAAUUGGUUUAUUCGUUCCUAUUAGUUUUUUUCUACUAAGUUGUUAUAAUGAAUAAAAAACGAAUACAUGUAUAAUACAAAUAAUGAAAAUACUUAAAGCAU